AUUUUUCAGAUUGUAAACACGGUGCAGCUCGUCACCCUCCGGACGAGAAACACUUGCACAAUGCAGUGGCGCCGCUAAAACGGACGCUGACAACCGUCCAUACCGGAGAGGAUCGAAAAAACACCUCGUGCCGUCUUUGUUUUCGCCAUCGUCCGCGACGUUGGAACCCAGUUUGAAAACAUGGAGCUGCUUCACCAGCGUCCUGACCAGCGGUGCUAAUGCUAGCACAGAUAGCCAGCCGCCUGCCUGACACAGACGAGCUGAGUAUCGUUUUGAUUCUCGAAACUUGUGCUAUUGCGUGCAUAGCUAACAGCGUCGACUCUGUUACCGAUGUCCACGAGAUAAAAAAAGAAGUCUGUAGCGAAUAUAAACGCCUCGUUGUCUCUUUAGCUUGUCCGUUAGCCGCUGCCGUGACUGCUGGUGGAAUUGGCACCGUUAAGCUAGCCGGAGUGCUAACGUGUGUCUGUUGAUAUUGAAUGGGGUGGAGUUUUUGUUAGUGUUUCCCGAAGGUAUCAUUUUCCAAUCGAGGAAGACGGUGUCGGACAAGAUGGUGUUCAGGAGUUGCUGGAAAUCUCGACAUAAAAACAGCUCCGGACUCGCUCCACGUCUGACCCCGACUGCACUGGCGGUUCUGUUCUGGUUAUGUGUGACCCAGUUAGCUUGCGGCAGCGAAGCGGUGGGGGAGACCAAGAAUGUGGUGCAGAAAGACGCAGAGUUUGAUGUCACCUAUAACGACACGGUGACCAGUGGAAACCAGACCAUCUAUGCUUUCAAUCACACGGUCUCCAGGAAUAAGACGGAGGGAGUGCGGGUGACCGUGGAUGUGUCGUCUCAGAAUCUGGAGAGUACGAUGCUGUUUGUGGUGCGACAGAAACAAGCCGUGCUGUCUUUUCAAGUCCCUCUUAUUCUCCGAGGCCUCUACCAGAGGAAGUACCCUUACAACCAUGUGGGCCGGACACUGUGCCAACCUCCAACCCGGGCCGCCUCCGAGACGCAGUACUUUUUUGUUGACGUGUCAACCCUGGCCACCCAGGGUACCAACUACCAGCUCAGAGUCAGCCGUGUCGAGAGUUUCACGCUGCAGACAGACAAGAAGUUCACCUUCACUGCAUCGCCGUCACAACCUCAGUAUUUCAAGUAUGUCUUUCCAGACGGGGUGGAUACUGUGAUCGUCAAGGUCAACUCGGACAUGAACUUCCCCUGCUCCGUCAUGUCCAUCCAGGACAUCCUGUGCCCUGUCUACGACCUUGACACCAAUGUGGCCUUUAUUGGGAUGUACCAGACUAUGACGAAAAAAGGUGCCAUCACUGUGCAGAGAAAAGAUUUUCCAAGCAACAGUUUCUACGUGGUGGUCGUGGUAAAAACGGAGGACGAGGCGUGCGGCGGUCCGCUGCGUUUCUAUCCUCUGCGACCCGAUGAGCUGAUUGAUGCUGGAAACCGUACCAAAGUCCUCGAUGUGGUGGUUUCUCCUGCCAUCAACUCGGAAGUGUACGUGAUGGGCAUGCUGUUCUGUCUGGGCAUCUUCCUCUCUUUCUACCUGCUCACCUUGCUGGUUGCCUGUGUGGAAAACAGGAGAAUGAAUAAAAAGAGAGAGGUGUUUCAGAAUCCUGCUGACAUGUCGCCUGCUGAGACAGCCUCUCUACUGGGGAAGAACGGAGAUGGCAAGACUCCAGCCUCUCCGUAUGAAUACGGCUCCUUUGCUGACAACUGCAGCACGCUGAGUUCGGAGGCCAUCACUGACAGCGCCACAUCAACUGACAACAACUAUGGCUACAUGGAGCGAUCGCUGGACAGCGUUGGACGAAGCAGGCAGGAGUCUUUGAGCUCUGUGGAGGAGGACGACUACGACACGCUGGACGACAUCAACUCAGACAAAAACAUUGUCCGCACCAAGAAAUUUCUGUGUGUGUCUGACCUGGCGCGCAAAGACAAGAGGAUCCUCAGCAAGAAAUACCAAAUCUACUUCUGGAACAUCGCUACCAUCGCUGUGUUCUACGCCCUGCCAGUCAUCCAGCUGGUCAUCACCUAUCAGACGGUUGUCAACGUUACAGGAAACCAGGACAUCUGCUACUACAACUUCCUGUGUGCUCACCCCCUUGGUGCUCUAAGUGCAUUCAACAACAUCCUCAGUAAUCUCGGUUACGUGAUGCUGGGACUCCUCUUCCUCCUCAUCGUCCUCAAGAGAGACGUCGUCCACAACCGAGCUCUGCUCCGCAACGACCUCAACGCGCUGGAAUGCGGUAUCCCAAAGCACUUUGGUCUGUUCUAUGCCAUGGGGACUGCUCUGAUGAUGGAGGGCUUGCUCAGUGCCUGUUACCACGUCUGUCCCAACUACACCAACUUCCAGUUUGACACCUCCUUCAUGUACAUGAUUGCUGGUCUGUGUAUGCUGAAGCUGUAUCAGAAGAGACACCCAGACAUCAACGCAAGCGCUUACACCGCCUAUGCCUGCCUGGCCGCCGUCAUCUUCUUCUCUGUGCUGGGAGUGGUGUUUGGGAAAGGAAACAUGGCCUUCUGGAUCAUUUUCUCAGUGAUCCACAUUCUGGCCACGCUGUUCCUCAGCACACAGCUCUACUACAUGGGUCGAUGGAGGCUCGACUCCGGGACCUUGCGCAGGAUGUUGUACAUCAUCUACACGGACUGCGUCAGACAGUGCAGUGGACCCAUGUACAUUGAUCGGAUGGUUCUGCUCGUCAUGGGGAACAUAGUCAACUGGUCUCUCGCUGCCUACGGCCUCAUCGAGAGGCCCAAUGACUUUGCCUCCUACCUGCUGGCCAUCGCCAUCUGCAACCUGCUGCUCUACUUUGCCUUUUACAUCAUCAUGAAGCUGCGGAGUGGUGAGAGGAUCAAGUGUCUGCCGUUGGUGUGUAUUCUCUUCACGGCUGUCAUCUGGGGCUUCGCUCUGUACUUCUUCUUCCAGGGUCUCAGCACCUGGCAGAAAACUCCAGCAGAGUCUCGUGAACACAACAGGGACUGCAUCCUCUUGUCGUUCUUCGACGACCACGACAUCUGGCACUUCCUCUCCUCCAUCGCCAUGUUCGGAUCCUUCCUGGUCCUCCUCACCAUGGACGACGACCUCGACACCGUCCAGAGAGACAAGAUCUUCGUCUUCUAGUCAGUCAAACCUUCUGCGAGGAGGUCAGCUCCUCCUUUCCGCCUUAUCGCCCUUCUCUUCGUCCGCAUCUCCUCCAUGUUUUCAGAAAGCACAGCCAGUAGCCUGUUUCUCGGACUGUCCAUGAGCGCAUGUCUGCCUCGCACAGCCAAUCGGCCAGUCAGGGAUGGCGGUAGCCCCUCCCUCCACCGGUACGGACACUCAUGUGCCAAUCCAGAGCUGGAUCGGUGACGCUCAAGUGUUUUGUCCUUUCGCUGCCAUCAUCGAUGUAACCGUUGUAAUCGAUGUUUACUCACUGCUGACGAUGAAGAUAACGAUGUGCACACUUGCUAAAAGAAAAACUGUCCAAAUUAACUUAUUUUAUAUUGUCUGCGUUACGUUUGACCCACGAGUCAACAAUGUAUUUUGGAAUUCCUGUUUGUAUGCUGUUUAUAUGCUGUGUGUGUGUGUGUGUGGAUGUGUGUGUGUGUGUUUGUACAGAGGUGUGUGUCUGUUUACAAAUAUAAUUGUGAGAACAUGAAUCCUGUCCAGUCUGUCAGUGGCCUUCAAUGUCCUAAUCAUGUUAGUCACAUACUGUGCUCUGAUUGGUCAGAUCCUCGACCUAGCUGUCCUUCUCAUCGGAGAAUAUUGAUGAUGAUGAUUGUAUUUACUGCUUGACUGCCCUCAAGUGUGACUGCGAAGGUAUUUUUUGCACUGUACUGUAUAAAAAAAAAAGGUUUUUGAUGUCAAACAUUGCAACGAGCAGUUACCGAAUAAAGGUCUUUUCAGAAA